AAUAAAGAUUCCUUCAUAGGUAUAAAAGUCAAUGUUGGCACCCCACCUCAAGAGGUUGAGUUGUUGUUGGACACUGGAAGCUCUUCUUCUUGGGUCGUGAGCUCUGAUAAUCCAUAUUGUUCAGACCCUAUUGCUACUGCUGAUUGUGAACAAUUUGGUACAUUUGAUAAAGAUCUUUCAAACACUUACAACUCUAAUGAUACAAAAUUUCAGGUUAAUUACUCUGAUUAUACUUUUGCAAUUGGUGAAUGGGGUACAGAUACCUUCAAACUUGGUGACUAUGAGCUAAAAAACUAUUCAUUUGGAUUAGCAACCGCUGCAAAUGCAGAGUCGGGUGUAUUGGGUCUUGGUUUUGAAGAUGCUGAAAAUACAAACAGAGGGAAUGCUGAUCCUGAGAGAAACUACACUUAUUCUAAUUUCCCAAGUAGAUUAAAGGAAGAUGGUUACAUCAAAAAGAAGGCUUUCUCGCUAUUUUUGGAUUCUUACAACUCAACUACUGGUUCAAUCUUAUUUGGUGGUAUUGAUCAUGCAAAAUACUCUGGGUCUUUGGUAACACUACCUAUUGUUGAUCCAUAUGAAGAAUAUGGAGUCAAUUUCACAUACUUUGCUGUUACUGUUUCAGGUGUUGGUACUGAUGUUAAUGGAAAUGAAACUACUUUUUCAUCAAAUAAAUACCCAGCUUUCAUUGAUGCAGGAACAACUUUAACUUACCUACCAUCAAGAUUCAUUGAUGAUCUUGCUGAUUCGUUCAAUGCAACCUAUUCGUAUAUUUAUGGUGCUUAUGUGAUGACAUGUCCAUCUUUAGAAGAGUCUUUAUCACAAUUCUUAGUGAUAGAUUUAUCAGGUCAUAAGAUUCGUGUUCCAUUAUACCAAUUAAUCAGAUAUAAGAAUUCAUAUUCACGUUGUGCCUUGGGUAUUUAUGACUCUUUUGAUGGUACAAUUACACUCGGUGCUAGUUUCUUGAGAUCUGCUUACACUGUUUUUGACUUAGAAGAUCGUGAAGUUUCAUUUGCACAAGCUAAAUACACUAGUGAUGAAAAUAUUGAGGUCAUUGAGAGCACUAUUCCUUCUGCUACAAAGGCACCAGAUUAUUCAAGUACUUGGUGUACCUAUGAGUAUGCAACCACCACGGAAAAUAUUUUCUCA